UGGUGACCUAUAAAUCAAAUGUAUCAUUUUAAUUGACAUGAAAUUUUAUUAAAAAGAUAAUAUGAAGAAUCUCUCUCCGUUACUCUCGAUAUAUUACAGUUAUUCAAUCAAAUUAAUGUUAGCAUAAGAGGAUAUUAGCAAAGCAUAAAAAUUAUUCCGUUCGCCUACACAAUAUUGCCGAAUAUGCACAUAUAUUUGAUUCUUAUAAAAGGAUGGGUAUCGUCGAAUCGUCUCAUUUUGUCAGUCGAGGACAUUGGUAUCGAAUCAACGAUAUCGAAUAUCAAGUGCGUGAUAUUCCUGUCACGUGUUAUUUCUUGUAAAGUAUCGAAACUUUUACAGAGUUUUGUUGUUUCUUUGUAAAAGAGUACGAGUGUUAAACAGAGAGAAAAAGAGAGACGAGUGCUACGUAUAUUUUGUCAAAAUGGAUAUAUUCUUUCUCUCAUUGUCAGUUUCUGUUAUGUGUACCAUAUCACUUGCAAGGACUGCUGAAAUUUCGAUAAAGAGUAAACCUGAAAACAUGUCCACGAGUUUACUGAAGAAAGACGUACACGUCCAAAUAAAUAAAGGAGCCAUAUCCGGCGACGCGGACGUUGAGAGGUCUGAAAGGAUAAAUCGUGGAUUUGAAAAGAUAAUCGAGUUUGUCAAUGUUUUGGGCCAAAUGGAUAAUUUUGUCUACGACAGAACGAAAAAUAUCAUUCGCAAGCUCAAUGCAAUUUACGACAUGGACGAGAAUCACGAGAAUGAAAGAUAUCGCGGGUCUCAUUCUAAAUCGCGAUGAGAAAUCAGAGAAAUAUAUAUUUCUUCACGAUUAAAAUAAAGACGAUGUUUAAUUAAGUAUUUUACAAUAAUAAGUGCUAAAAAUACGUUAUGUGCACUUCGUUUAUACUCUAGAGUCUAGCUCCCUUUCGCACUUCUUUUUAUUUUUAAGUUUUCCGUUAUAUAUAGAAGUAGAAUGUGCAUUUUUUUGUCACGUACUAUUAUCUAUUCAAGACAAAUAAAUAAUAUUCUUUAAUCAA